CAUUUUGACGCUGACGCAGGCCGGCGCGCACCUGAAAUCUGCGAUGGACCUCUGCCGGGCCAGGCAGCGAAAGGGACGCGCAGCCGCAUCAACCGCCACCAUUGAUGAAUUGAUUGGGUCCGUCGCCAAAAGGCUGUGGUACCGCCAAACAACAACCUCCAUCAGGGCCCGAGGCGGCGCAAAGGCACGAAGAACCAAACCGGACAUUUGAAACAUCACCGGCAGCAGCAGCACGUGGACGACAAUGGUGCUGCACUGCAUUUAAAGACAACCACCUCAGUCACUCACUGUAUGCUGCCAGUUCGUUCCCCUUUGAUGAGCGCCCUCUGGAGUCUGCACCCACCACUGCGAUACGGUUCGCCCUGCAUGGACAUGGCAUGGCCGUGCUCACGCCUGGAUGGCUGCUUGUCUUUGCGCCCUCCUCUCCCUGCAGGCACCCUCGCCGUUUCCGUCUCUCCGUCGUCGGGCAAGAAGCUCCAGCCGUGUGCGUGCAUACAGACUUCGGGUUGCUUGUAAGCGCCGCGGCAUUGACUCUAGCUAAGUAGUUGGUUGGCCCAUUCACGUGAAUAAAGAUACGAAGUAGAUCAGGUUAUGGUCCGUUGAUAUCAGUGACUGCCAGUCGACGCCGGUAUGUGAUGGCGAGCGCCCGGCACCCGACUCUGAUGGCUUUGUCUCCAACGUUGCCGCGCGUAGCAACGACGCUUGUCGUGAUGAUUUUCACCGCAGAGAGCCUCACUCAAGACAACAUUGGCCGUAGCGACCACGACCCGGCUUACAUGGAUAGCUGCGCCGUAUGCUGCAAACUCUGUCCGCCUGCGCAGACCAUGAGCUCUGCUUAUGACGAGUAAAGACGGCCACGCAGGUUGAGUCGCAACAACGGCAGCCAGCCCAGCCAUCGACGACGGGGUCUGUUCGACGGAACUCGGGUCAACCUUAGUACCUACUACAACAUGACUAGCGAAACGCGGGGUCGACAGCUUCAAAUGCGACGCCGGCAUCGACAGCCUAGGCUCUCCACUCUUAUUUAUUAGCCGCGGCCGACUUACACGGGGGGGGGGGGCCGCUGAUACAAGAAUCAUCAGGAACAACCCUCGACGACGACAUUCCCGUGAAUCGCAAAAUCACCGUUCGCCAUCGCCGCUAUCGCACGGCUACCUCGGAUCGUGAACGGCCGCCCACCAUGGCCGACACCGUGCUUGUGAGCAAGACCGAGGAGGGCAUCACCACCAUCACCAUCAACCGCCCGCACCGCCGAAACGCCGUCGACCCGCCCACGGCGAAGCUCCUCGCCGCCGCGUUUGCCAACUUUGACCGCGAUGAGAGCCAAAAGGUGUGCGUCCUGCACGGCGCCGGAGACACCUUUUGCGCCGGGUUCGACCUGCACGCGCUGUCCGAGGGACGAGCCGAGCAGCAGCCUUCACACCACAAACAGCCACCCACUGCUACUGCUUCCACCACCACCGGCAAAGGAGAGACAGCAGAGCCACUGCCGCCGCCCGUGUUCCAAGAGUACACGCCCGACGCAGACGCCCACCGGCGCGGCGACAACGCAGCGCCCAUGGGCCCCUCGCGGAUGCAAACCUCCAAGCCCAUCAUCGCGGCCGUCGCGGGCCACGCCGUGGCAGGCGGGCUCGAGCUCUCCCUGCUGGCGGACCUGCGCGUGGCCGACGAGGACGCCGUCUUCGGCGUCUUCUGCCGGCGCUGGGGCGUGCCGCUCAUCGACGGCGGCACGGUGCGCCUGCAGGCCGUCGUGGGCCUCGGCCGCGCCCUCGACAUGGUGCUGACGGGGCGGCCCGUGGGCGCGCCCGAGGCCCUGCACUCGGGGCUCGUGAAUCGCGUCGUCCCCCGCGGCGAGGCCCUGCGCGAGGCCGUGGCGCUGGCGAGGCAGCUGCUGCGCUUCCCCCAGCGGUGCAUGCGCGUCGACCGCGCGAGCUGCUACUACGCGGCGUACGGCGCGCGCGAUUUCGAGGACGCGAUGCGCUUCGAGUUCGAACACGGCGUGCAGGUCGUGGCCGAGGAGAGCGUCGACGGCGCGGCCAGGUUCAGCCGCGGGGCCGGCCGGCAUGGCGACUUUGGCGGCGGCGGUGACGGCGGCGGCGAAGGCGGCGACGGGGCGAAGUCCAAGAUGUGAUGAUGACUGACGGGGUAGGGCGGCGUCGAGGUCGAGGUCGAGGUCAUGUCGUG